AUGACGACCCUAACCGCCCAAAUGGACACAACCAACCGACCCGACGAAUGGAAGAUCGAGCAAGGCAUGGCAGGUCACAAACUGCCUAUUCUCGAUCAAUCGGGUCUGGACACCGUGCACAUCUACCCGCCGAAGCCGACGCAGCGGUAUAAAGAUGAGGAGGCGAUUGAGGCAGUCGGAGAUCGAAAUGAGUUGUUUAAGAGGGAGAAGGAGGGGUGGAAAGGAUACGUGGAAUGGGAAAACUACCCCGACAAAAAAGCCAAAGCGCACCGCAUCCUCACCUCCCAAACCUUCGACCCCUGUCCGGAUUACAUGUUCGGUCCCAUCCCCGACACCAACCCCGUCCUGACCGGCGAGGAUUUCAAGCAAUGGCACGCUGCGCUGGGCGGGGAACUUGCCUCCGUGGCGGAUGAUAGCUGGCGCACUGUGCUCCGGGAGAAACAUCCGGAUAUGCUGCAUCUGCUCCAGUUUCCGUAUAACGGGGAGCCGCCGAAGCGGCUGGUGACGUCUAAGGUGGUCACGCCGAAUCCGCUACACUUUGUGCGCAAUCACGGAGGCAUUCCCCUGAUCGAGAAGGAUAAGUGGAGUCUCCAGCUGGAUGGACUGGUCAAGCAUCCGAAGAAUUAUACACUGGAGGAUCUGCAGGAUGAGACGCGGUUCCCGCGGAUGGAGAAACUCGUGACGAUGCAGUGUUCGGGGACGCGGCGGAUCGAGCAGAUUGCGCUGUAUGGGGGCCAGGGCGAUGAAGUGCCGCAGGCGCCGUGGGCGGAAGGGGCGAUUGGGACGGCGCGGUACGUGGGGAUUAGUUUGAAGAAGGUGAUUAAGGAUUGCGGGGGGUUGAUUGCGCCCGCGAAGCAUCUGGAGUUGUAUGGCGCGGAGACGUACAUCAAGGAUCUGGAGGCGAUGAAUUACGUGGUGAGUGUGCCGUGGUCGAAGGUCAAGGCGAAUGAGGUGAUCCUUGCGUGGGAGAUGAAUGGGGAGCCGUUGCCCAAGAUCCAUGGGUAUCCGUUGCGGGUGGUGGUACUGGGGUAUAUCGGAGCGCGCAGCGUCAAGUGGCUGUAUCGGAUCAAGGCGAUUGAGAAUCCAUCCCGGGCACCCGUGCAAAGCAGGGAGUAUCUCUACUUCAACCAGCAGGUCGGGAAAUAUAACCAGCGUCCCACGGAUGGGAUCCAGAUCCAGGAAAUGCCGGUCAGUUCGGCGAUUAUGUCACCCUGGACGAAGCAGGUGAUUGUCCAUGAAGGGAAGAUCCGGUGCAAGGGGUGGGCGUAUUCCGGGGGUGGACGGUGGCCGGAGCGGGUGGAGUUGUCGGCGGAUGGAGGGUUCAGUUGGUAUGCGGUGCCGCAGGAGAAGUUGUCGAAGAAGGGGAGGUGGACGUGGCGGACGUGGGAGAUGGAGUUGCCGUGUGAUGUGGAGGGUUGGAUUGAGAUUGUCUGUCGGUGUUGGGAUAAUUCGUUGAAUACCCAGCCGUUGAAUGUGCGGGCUGCGUGGAAUUGGGGUCUGCAUGUGACGUCCUCGGCGCAUCGCAUUAGUGUGUAUAGUGUCAACAAGAGGCAUGAGACCACGAGGAGGAAGAUUGAGAAGAUGGAGCAUUUGGGCAUUCCUCUUGCCCCGUUGACGUUUUAUCAGCCUGUGCCGGGGCAAACACAGGAUGAGUAUGAGGAGUUUUGGAAGACACAUGAUCCCAGGGAUGCGGAUGAUUAG